AUACGGUACAGACAAAGGUAUAGAGUGGCGUUUGUCCGGCUGGUGCCAGCUUAGUGGAGAGACGUCUUGAAGGCUGCAGAGACGAAUACUUUGAAGAAUGAACAUCCUCUGGCCUUCCUUCUGGGCAACGCUUUUCGUUGCAACAUCGAUGCACUUGAACGGAGUUUAUUCAGUCUCCGCCGGAGGUGGCCUGUAUUCGAGAGGUGGCCCUCCAAUAGCAACCUCCCAACUCGUAGCGCAGUUUCUUAAGCAGUUACUCCACGGCGAUAUGAGCCAUUGUCACUCUGUUCUACUAACCCCCAGCAAAGUCACUCUGCAAAGCAUCGUGCAAAUACAAGAUGAGAUGGAGAUGACGCACGCCGCUUUCGUCAGCUACGAUGUAGAAUCUUUCACCACAAGCACACCUCCAGAAAUACCCGUGUAUCGGUACCGGCCCAGCAACGCAGCUUCCAUGUAUUGUGUUACCUUCUAUAUACUGGCGCCCAUCAGCCAGGUUGAGAGCGCACUGGCCACCAUUCCCAAAACAGACUGGUUUUCAGGUGCUACGAGACAUUUCGUCAUUUAUACCGGGAUUCAAAUGAACAUCACCGACAUGGAGAGAAUCCCGAGUUUUCUAAAAGCUUACAACACCUUAUUCAUAUCUGCGGAUGAUUUCCACACAACUGCAGGAGCCGAUGUAAAUAAGUGGCCUCUCCAUCUCUUCUCAACCUGCCCAUUCUGUCGGUCGGGUGAGCCGGCGAUAAUCCUCGGGAACCGUUGGAGUCCGAAACGCGGCCUCAUGAGAGAAACCCAAUUGUUUCCAGACCUCUUCCGGAACUGCAACGGUCACGUGUUCAGGGGAGUGACUCUGUCCUUUCCCCCCUUCAUGCACUACACAGAAGGGAACGCCACGCAUCGAAUCGUUCUGAAGGACUGCCUCGACAGAAAUAUUAUGCGAGUUAUCAGCAAAUACUACAACUUCUCAUUCGACCUAUACGAACCAGCAGAUGGCCAGUGGGGGUACCAGUUGGACAAUGGUUCCUUCACGGGAGUUUUGGGCGUCGUGCAGAGAUACGAGGCCGAUUUCUCCAUGGACAUCUCCAUCACAGCCGAGAGAGAGGAAGUCAUCGAUUUUACCAUCGGAUUUCAUUCGGAACCUCUCUCCUUCGUGACUAGUAAACCGCAGCCUCUUCCCCAGUGGUUGGCUUUGAUCCGUCCGUACAAAGAGUACGUCUGGAUAUGCUUCGUAGUAACAGUCGCAGCGGCAGGCCCCGUUUACUGGUUUUUUCACAGACUGGCGGGGAGUGACAUGUCUUUAUUCCAAUCUUCAUUUCAGAUGUUCGCGUCUCUGAUCAACCAGAGUCUUCAGUGGCCACAGAAAUCAAGUGUUAGGAUCUUUAGCCUAUUCUGGAUACUAUUCAGUCUGUUGGCUACAGUCUCUUACGUCUGCAACCUGACGGCUUUCCUAACUGUGCCAGCACUCUCGCCCACGGUAGAUAACCUGGAGGACCUCUCUCACUCCUCCUUCGUCUGGGGGAUAAAUGAUUACGGGGCUGCCGACUAUCAGCUCUUCAAGACGAGCAAGGCUCCUCUGUACCAAAGAAUCUUCCGGGGCCUCACCUUUUGCCCAUCGCUGGUGGAGUGCGUUCAGAGGACCCUGGAUCGACGAUUCGCUUUCAUAUCGUGGAGGACCUACUUACGCGACGUCAUCGCCAUGAAUUUUACUGACAAGAAUGGCUACACUCCCGUCUACCUCUCCCGGGAGAGCUUCUGGCCCGGCGACAUAGGAUAUGCUAUGCAGAAAGGAUCCCCCCUUCGGCCAGGAUUCAACAAAAUUCUGAGGCGCCUCAUCGAAGGAGGCUUAAUGGAGAUGUGGGUGACAGACCUCAUCCAAAAACACACUUUGGAGACUCAGCGUGCAGAGAAGGCCAAGGCUGCCGCCAAAGGGGAAACGUUGGACGAAGAGGUCGACUCGGUUCUGAAGCUGACCUUACACCACCUGCAGGGGGUCUUCUUCAUCUACGCCGCUGGUAUGUUUCUCUCCGCUUUCACGCUCCUCUUGGAGCUAAUCGCUCAUGGAACCUUCAAAUUAGAUAAACUGAACAUUUAGAUGUAUGAGCCACUUAUCUUGACAGUGAUAACGGGAAAGUCGUCUUUUCCAUUAAUGUUCAGCUAUGUAGCUAUAAACAUGCAC